AGCUGAGGUUGGAGGGCUGGCUGGGAACCCAGGAGCCUGUCCUGUGAGUUGCCGGCAUGGAUGACAUCUACAAGGCUGCGGUAGAGCAGCUGACAGAAGAGCAGAAAAAUGAGUUCAAGGCUGCCUUUGACAUCUUUGUGCUGGGUGCUGAGGAUGGCUGUAUCAGCACCAAGGAACUGGGCAAGGUGAUGAGGAUGCUGGGCCAGAACCCCACACCUGAGGAGCUGCAGGAGAUGAUUGAUGAAGUGGAUGAGGAUGGCAGCGGCACAGUGGACUUCGAUGAGUUUUUGGUCAUGAUGGUUCGAUGCAUGAAGGACGACAGCAAAGGGAAGUCUGAGGAGGAGCUUUCUGACCUCUUCCGCAUGUUUGACAAAAAUGCUGAUGGCUACAUUGACCUGGAGGAAUUGAAGAUGAUGCUGCAGGCUACAGGUGAGACUAUCACGGAGGACGAUAUCGAGGAGCUCAUGAAGGAUGGCGACAAGAACAAUGAUGGUCGCAUAGACUAUGAUGAAUUCUUGGAGUUCAUGAAGGGUGUGGAGUAGACAUUGACCUUCACCUGGAGCUGCCCAUGCCCACCUUUCCACCACAGCUGGGGCCUGGGGUGGAGGCAGGGGAUAGGGACCCCAGUCCCUGAACCUGGGUGUGUCCUUGACCCCUGGCCCUCUCUGACUCCCUCCUCCACCCUGUCCUGGGGAAUGCAAAUAAAGCCUUGCUCCCUG